CCUACCAAAAAUCACAGCCCCUUGGAGCCGGGGCUCUCAUUCACAGCUUUCUAGAGAAAUCUGAGCCCGAACCUGCCAGAAUAGGGGAUCUCACCCACUCAGCUCAGCACCGAGGACACCUGCAGAAACACAUUACCAAAGCAAGGCUGGGCGGCCGUGUGAAGUAAGCAAUGGCCUUGGUUCGGCUUCUCUUCUGGCUAGCCACCACCACAUAGAAUCUGAAUGUCCAACCAUUUUCCAGGAACAGAAAGAAGAGCCUCUGCUUGUCUGUUUCAGUGGCAGCUUGGUGGUAAAAAGACUAUUGAAUGGGCCACGAUUUCAGCCGACCAUCACGUGAAUGGGACCAGUCUCUUUUCUUCCCAAACAUCAGAAAUUAAGCACUUCGAAAGGAGAUUCAGCCAAGAUGACCCAUUUACAGGCUGGACUCAGCCCAGAGACUAUAGAGAAAGCACGCCUGGAACUGAAUGAAAACCCAGACGUUUUACACCAGGAUAUCCAGCAAGUCAGAGACAUGAUCAUCACCAGGCCUGACAUCGGAUUCUUACGCACAGAUGAUGCCUUCAUCCUGAGGUUUCUCCGAGCCAGGAAGUUUCACCAAGCAGAUGCCUUCAGACUCCUGGCCCAGUACUUCCAGUACCGCCAGCUAAACCUGGACAUGUUCAAAAACUUCAAGGCCGAUGAUCCUGGCAUUAAGAGGGCUCUCAUUGAUGGGUUCCCUGGAGUGUUGGAAAACCGUGAUCACUACGGCAGGAAGAUUCUUCUGCUGUUCGCAGCCAAUUGGGAUCAGAGUAGGAACUCCUUCACAGACAUUCUCCGGGCCAUCCUGCUGUCACUGGAAGUCCUUAUUGAAGAUCCGGAGCUUCAGAUAAAUGGUUUCAUUUUAAUUAUAGACUGGAGUAAUUUCUCCUUCAAGCAAGCCUCCAAACUGACACCUUCAAUCCUCAAACUAGCCAUUGAAGGGUUGCAGGACAGCUUUCCUGCCCGCUUUGGAGGAGUCCAUUUUGUCAACCAGCCCUGGUACAUUCAUGCCCUGUACACGCUCAUCAAGCCAUUCCUUAAAGACAAGACCAGGAAACGGAUUUUCCUGCAUGGAAACAACUUAAACAGCCUCCACCAGCUAAUACAUCCUGAAUUUUUGCCAUCUGAAUUUGGAGGCACUCUUCCUCCUUAUGACAUGGGAACAUGGGCCCGGACGUUGCUCGGUCCUGACUACAGCGACGAAAAUGACUACACUCACACUUCCUAUAAUGCAAUGCACGUGAAACACACAUCCUCCAAUCUGGAGAGAGAGUGCUCACCCAAGCCAAUGAAGAGAUCUCAGUCUGUGGUAGAAGCUGGGACUCUGAAACAUGAGGAGAAGGGAGAGAAUGAGAACACCCAGCCACUCCUGGCUCUGGACUGAACCCCGAGCCACCCCGUGCUCCCGACGUCACCACCUCUCAGUGGUAUCAGCCACCAGGAAGCGUUCGGCUCGACACAAGGGCCUCCUCUCCUGCCACCCAGUAAUGACUGUCACCAGCCAUUGGUCUGAGCAGCUAAAGUUGAACAAAGACUUGAGAGAUGCAUUUUUGUUUUUCAAUGAGGGAAUUGGAGGAUGAAGCAAGGUAGUCAUGGAAACAAGACUCCCCCACCCCAUAUUUAUGUAUUAAAUGAGUUGAAAAGAGAAAAACUAAAUCUGAGGCACACACCUCAUUAGGACAAAGAUUUCUCUGAGGCUUUGAAGAGAUGCUCUCCAGUUUUUGCAGUUUAAAAUUAAGUGCAUUUCCGAGUAGAUCCAUAAGAAUUUAAACUGUGCAGACACAAUUUUCAAGUUUAAUGUAGUGCAAAGCCCCAAGACAAUAGUAUCUCUGGUAAUCUUCAUUCCUACAUUGAGUUAUUUUCUUUGACCUCAUCACCAGCACCCAGUCUCAAAUUGUUCAGCCUAAGAGCAUGCUCUUGUAGGUCUGGCUAUUUGCAGAGUUUGUUUGUUUUGAUAUCCUGCAAAAAUGAUUUUAAUGUCACAUCUUUGAUGAGGCCACCAGCUGAUUAUCAUGAGCUAAUUUGAAACAAAGACACACAAAUUGAAAUAUGACUAUUUCAUCUUAGCGAUGUGGCUUCCCACAAGGAAUGUAUGUCUCCAGAGGGUAGGGGGUUAUGUUGAAACUACAUGUCAGUGGUUAAUGAAUCUUUUCAAGUUGCCUCACUUAGGUCACUACGGCAAGAAAAGUGCUACAAAAGCAUUACACACCCACUACGUCCCCCCACCUCCCUCCUGCAAUCAGUUAAAGGUGCAAAGGAUGGACCUGGCUGUUGUUAAGGGGGUAGGUAUCAAACUUGGAGGAAGAUAUUUAAGGAUGGCUAAAUAUACAAGAACUGAAAAUAAGAGAAGACGUGGAAUGCAGGAUGAAAUGCCAAAGAUCAUUUUAUUUCUUUAUUUUCCUUAGAAAUGGAGUCCCCAGCUAUCCAUUCAAAGGAAACUAGAUAAAAAUAAACAGAUAUCAUAGCAUAUGAUAUCCUUACCUGUGCCAUGUUUCCCCAAACCAGUUGUAUGUUUUUAGCUCUAUCUCUUAUUCUCCCAGCUAUUCGCAUGACAUGGGCCUUCAUUACUAUGACCAGUUGGUGCUCAGUGUCAAAGAAAAAAUACUUAAUAGUUGAUAAUGAGCAGUAAAACAUGAUUUUACACUUUAAGUAUUUGGGAGGGUCAAUUUGUUGGCUAAAAAAUUUCAAAGGUAAGAGGUGAUUCAACUGGCCAUAAUCAUCCUCAGUGGAUAUUAUUACUAAUUUUAAUAAUUUAUCAUAUCUCUUUCUCAAUAGAUCUAGUGUUUUAAUUUUUUUCUACUGGUAGAAAAUGAUAACAGAAGUGAUUUUUGUAUUCCACUCUUGAAAUACAAUUGAGAUAGAAUUUAAAAUAUUUCCCAAUCAAUUGCAUCAGAGUAUAAAUAAAACCAAUUCAUUUUGUGUAGACACUUCAAAUAACAAGAUACUAAUACUGAAAUAAUUCUACCAAUGCAGUGACUUUUCUUAUAUACCACAACAUAGGGAGGAAUGAUGAAGAAUUAAAGCAAAUUAGAAAACCCAUUUUAUUACUUGAGUUUAUGAAACAGUUGUGGGAUCCAAGUGUUUAAAAUGCUACUGGAGUCAAUUAUUGCCGAACAUUUUGCAACAGUAAUAAUAAUUCUGGCUUUCCAAUUGGCGAUAUUCAGAAUCCUACUGUAGUGACCUGAUUUUAAAUACCAUAUUAUAAUUAUCAAGUUAAGAAAUUGUUUUUAACUCUAUUCCAUGAUUUCAUUAAAUGAAUGUAAGAUGAUGGUUCAACAGUGACAACUGCUACUUUGAAUUUCUUUAUGUGUAUGCAAUAUACAUACAAGAACCAAAUUCAGUAAGUGACAUGAAUGUUGCCGCGCGAGCACUAGAUUGCAUUGUCCUUUGUCAGUCCUUUCUUCUGUUCAAUAAAUACUGAAGGACACAAAUCCCUUUUUAGUUUU